AUGACCGGUGGUGACAAGGUACCUUUCCUCCCAAACAUUAAAUCGGCUCAAGUCCCGGUUAUGAGAGAGUUCACGCACCCGCCACAGACCGUCGCGAUGCCCUCGAGCUCCUUAAUGCCGACGUUAAGUAUCUCCAAAGAGUCACCAAGAAUCAACAUCACAAUGACGAAAAGGCCAAAGUGGAGAAGCCCGCAAAAGAAGAUGAGAAAACGGCGAAUUGAUAAGUCGUACGUACACAUAUUAUGA